AUGACACUAUGCGGGCUUGUGGAAGACUCCUCAGCUCGUGGGAAGGUAGAGCCAGAGCCCGCCGCUCUGGACCUGCAGCCGCGAGCUCGAAAAAGACAGAUUCCUCACGCCGAAGGGAACUUUGCUACAUUCGUGUACGUGCCGGUACCUCGGAAAGUCGUCGACGACAGCGUUCAGACUGCAGUCGAUUCUCUGCGUCAGCUGUGCGAGUUGACGAAUGAUUUACAAGUUCCCGAGGAAACUGGAGGACUGCUAUCGUUCUCCAGCGCUAACACAGACGAAGCCUCGCCGCCUGGUGUGCCCUUGGAAAAUGCAGUGAAUUCCACAGUAGGGACAGACGUCAACGCAGACAAUUCUGGUGGCGCCGCUUGCCCUGUCUGUUCCCGCUCAGGGGAGAGGCAAGCCGGGCGAUUAGAGUCCACCUCUCCCGCAAGCUCUUGGCUGACUUCGUCUACAGAAGAAGCAGACGAAAACCUCGAAACGCACAGGAAACGGAAACAGCGGACUGCGGAUCAGGUGUCGGACAGCUCGAACCUGCAUUUGAGUCUCUGUCGGACGUUCAUGCUCCAGUACCACCUGAUUGAGCCUUUCCUUGCUAAACUCUCUGCAAAGCUGAAACAGUGGAAAGGCUUUACGCUCGAACUGCAGAACCAAGUGGACAUUUUCAGCAACGACGAUCAUUCCUGCUUCUUUGCGGCCGUUUCCGUAUCGCCCAUUUGUGCUAGUCGUCUGGUGGCGCCCUUAGUCGCAGACAUCAAUGAAGUUGUGACAAGCUUCGGAGGCACGGCUCUCUCUGUCCGUCCGUUUCGGCCUCACGUAUCCAUGGCCUGGACGGCUGAAGACAUUCGACCCGCCCUCCUCAGCGUGUCUCGCGAAACAUCCGAGUGCACCAACACUCCCGCAGAAAGCUCGUCCUCUUCUCCACACUCGUCCGCGGACACGGCGGUCGAGAGUCCGCCGCGCUGGUGGCCGGCGGUGGGGCAGGCGCUGAAGAAGCUCCGAGCGCAGCCGGGGUCUGACGCGGCAGCAGAGGAACGCGCUGUACAUACCGACGCGGCGCAGCUCCAUGCAGAGCAAAGUGAGGCCAACGCCCAAGUUGGCGGCAGGCCAAACGAAUUAGAGAACGCACAAGACUCUACGGCGGAGACCGAAACUGAUGCUCCGCCACAGGCCGCGCCGGUCCCACUCAACCGUGCUCAGCCGGUCAUGCUAUACAGCACAGGUCUCGCGCGUUUUCUGAUGUGCAGCAAAAAAAAAUCGAUGCACCAUCCUCAGCUGGACUACCUUGAUCCGUCCACAGCGCCGGCUCUGUUUCGCUACUGCCAAGAAGUUUCUCUCUUCAACCAAGCGACUCUCGCAGUAGGCGAGAGAGGCGGUCUUGCGUGCUGCUACAGGGCGGGCACCGCAGUCAUGAAUUCGUUCGCUGUGCUCCGACGCCUUUCCAGCAAGAGCACCAACGACACGAUCCUCACUUUUGGAAAGGUGACAUUCGCCGAAAGCGUCACCGAGGCAACUGGAGGCGCUGUCUAG